GUCGCUGGACAAAAGGGAAAUCGUACUGUGAGCGAUUAAGGAGAUUAAAAAUGACCGAAUUCGGUUUCUUCGGUUCGUUUGUCUGCAGGGUUUUGAUCUUAAUGCUGGGAGUCUCGCCUUGAGGACAGAGCUGCACUUGCUCGUCUGUCCGGUUUCUGAACAUUUUCAGUGAUGAGAAAGCGGAAUCAGCCGCCCGGCGCAGAGCAGCAGCAACAGCAGCCCGGAGCGGCCGCCGGCGCGCUGCUGGACGGCAAGCAGAGCUCCGGGGCAGACGGACAGUGGGACAAGACCAUGGGCAGGAGGCUCAAGAGGACUGGUCUGCUGUGGAGGCUGAGGAGGAUCUUCCUCUGGGUUUUGGGAAUCUACAUCGCUAUUCCUGUCAUCAUCAAGCUCUUCCCCUCCAUACAGGCCAAACUAGUGUUUUUAAAUUUUGUAAGGGUGCCGUAUUUUAUUGAUCUGAAGAGGCCGCAGGAUCAGGGCUUGAACCACACACACAACUUCUACCUCCAGCCAGAGGAGGGGGUUAAUAUCGGAGUGUGGCACACGGUUCCUGCUGUACUGUGGAAGGAUGCGCAGGGUAAAGAGGGGGAGUGGUUUGAGAAAACGCUUCAGUCCACACACCCUGUCAUGCUCUAUCUCCAUGGCAAUGCAGGGACCAGGGGAGGAGACCAUAGAGUGCAGCUCUAUAAGGUCCUUAGUUCAUUAGGCUACCAUGUAGUCACGUUCGAUUACAGAGGUUGGGGAGACUCUGAGGGCAGCCCCUCAGAGAGGGGGAUGACGCUGGACGCUCUGUUCCUCUAUCAGUGGCUGAAACAGAGAAUCGGCCACAAGCCGCUCUACAUCUGGGGUCACUCUCUGGGCACUGGAGUGUCCACUAACUUAGUGAGACGUCUGUGCGACAGAGGAACGCCGCCGGAUGCUCUAAUCCUGGAGUCUCCGUUUACCAACAUCAGAGAGGAGGCCAAGAGUCAUCCUUUCUCUAUGGUUUACAGGUAUCUUCCAGGCUUCGACUGGUUCUUUUUGGAUGCCAUCACAGCAAAUGACAUCCGCUUCGCCAGUGACGAGAAUGUGAAUCACAUCUCCUGUCCAGUCCUAAUCCUCCAUGCUGAAGACGACACUGUCGUCCCUUUCCACUUGGGCAAAAAGCUCUACAACAUAGCAGCUCAAUCCAAAAGUCUGAGUGGACACAAGGUCCAGUUCAUCCCGUUCCCGAGCUCUCUGGGUUAUAGACACAAAUUCAUCUACCGGAGCCCACAGCUGCCUCAUAUACUCAGUGAUUUCCUUGGGACAACUCAUCCCCGUGUAUAGCUGAGAGUCACACCCGUGGAUCGCCCUCUGUGUCUCUCACGGUCACUUUGAAAUGCACACACGUGGACACUCUCACACACACACUCCUCUGUCUGCACUGUGUACACACUGUUUCUCACACACACACACACACUCACACACACUCAGCAGAUGUCAGAUGUCUCCCACUCUGUCCCUUUGCAUUCCUUUGUUGGCUAAAAUGAGAGCGAGAGACAGAGAGGGAGAGAGAUAAAUGAAUCAUUGGCAUGCUGUUACUGAAAGGACGCAGGUAGGCAGCUCGAGCACCACAUAUGCAAAGUAAUAUGCAAAUCUGCACUAAACGAACGGCACAGCAUCGGAACCUUGCUAUGAAACCACAGGAUCAAGUUCUAGAUAUAAAACUGCACAUGUAUAAACGCAUGGCAGAGAGGUGGGACAGCAUGAUGUUUAUUUACAAUCUAAAGAUGUCAUUCAGCGUCUAUAGCUGUGGAUGUACUGUAGUGAUCAGAGGAGUUAAUGGACCUAUUAUCGGAUUUAUAUCCACUCAGUGUGACCUGCGCACGCUCGGUUAGGGGUUAAUAUCAAUCUUUACAGAUCUUUUUAAUGUUUUUCUUCCUGCUAUUUGAUGUUUUUUGGGGGGGCUUUUUUUUCAACAUUUGCUUUUCUGUUCUACUGACUUGCUUUCCCAACAAAGUAUAGUCGUGUGAAAAAGUUUGUUCAUCACUGAAUUUAAUUUUAAAAAUAAAUAAAACACAAUAAAAUGUGGCCUGUGCAAAAGUUACGGCACAUUAUAUAAAAUGUUUUAUACAAAUUGUGCACUAGAAUUUGCUAAAUAUGUCAAUUUCAGUGUGUUAACCUAUUUUCACUCAAAUCAGUACACACGUCAGUUCAAACUUCUGCAUGUAACGGUACGUAUGGUAAAAUUGUCCACUCCAGUAUGUGGUUAAUUCCAGUAACUGAUGCAUAACAGCAGCUUGGAGGUUAACUAUGAACAUUACAGAAAAAGGUGCUGCUUUUGUGCAGGUGGCAGGACAACAGGACAGUAAUUGUAACUACGUUUAGUGUACAUUCACCAAAAUGUAUACAGUACUGCGCAAAAGCCUUAAGCAGCUAAGAAGAUGGUUUGAAAUGGCGCGUGUGUUUGCCAAUAAACCACACAAUAUAUAACACUGGAGUGAAUACAAUUCAACACAAAUACAGUAUACAAAUCCAAAUAAGGAAUGUGGUGUUUUCAGUUAUGAAUAUGUAGAACUCAGGUUCGGUUCCCGACCUCUCCCAACCAUCACGUAGAUUUGUCCAGCAGCACCUGAUUUGAUUUAAUGAGUGACUUAUUAGAUAAAAAAAAGGUAUGUUUGUUUAUUCUGAUAUUAGUGCUCAAUCAAAAUAAGUACUUGCUGCCCGGAUAAAUAGUUUUACAUAUUGUCUCAGGUGCCUAAGCCUUUUGGACAGUACUGUAAUAUACAUCCUUGAAUUUUUUGGAAUUUCUACUUUCACUCGCAACAACAGUCUAUUUUUUUGGGCACAUGACAUAAGAAGGUCAUAGUCAGUUAUCUCAUUCAGCCUUUUUCUGCAUUUAGGCUACUUUUUGUAACCUCUGCACUUUCCAGACAGUAGCUGUGUUCCAUGCUUAGGCUGCAAUUCUCGGCCGCUACGUCAUAGAAAAUCGUUCCAAAGUGCAGGACCCUUUGUAUACAGCCUAGAAAUGCAACGUAUGUUCUGACUGAUUUCGAGGAUGCAACCGAUGUAUCCUUCCAGGUCUUUGGUUACCUACAGCUCUCCGCACACAAAUGAUGUGAAGAAAAGAACAGCAUUCCAAAAAUGGCAGGAAAUGAAGCCGUUGGAGCAGAGCUUGUUUUACAAUGUAAGCUGUUCACAUCAUUGAAUCCGUCUUCGUUACGUUAUAAAGAGUAAAAUGAAAGCAUUCCCUCAUAUAUCAGAUUUUAAUCAGAAGUAUUUGUAUGUCUGUAGUUUAUCAUACUACAUAAGCUUGUUUGCCUAUUAGCUACCAUAGCAACAAACACAAGGCAGUGGGCUCCAUUUUCUUUCACCAGUUCCCGCUUGCUAGAAGCUUUCUGUUGAUGUCACCACGCAGCCUCGUCAGGACUGUUCCAUUUGUGUGACCAAUAGGUUACUAAGGAGGAGUUUUCAUAGAAAAGUCUUACCGAGGACCUGCCCUACCUCGGCUGCAGCCUAGGCUUUGGAAUGCACCUAUUAGGUGGUCUGUGGGUGGUUAUGAAAAGAUCUUAAUUUAUUUUCCAUAAGAUGUUUAUAAAUUUCGAACAGCCUGCUUUACAUACACAACGCUAGAUCAACUGAACAUGCUGUGUGAUAUUAAAAUGAGAUUACCUGAAAACUACAAUGAGAUCAGAGUUUUGUGAAUGCGUCCUUUUUAGUGGCUGUUUAAUUUCAGGUAUGUUUGCCUUCAGGCCCCAUCAUUGGAGGAUCAUAAGUUCGAUCCCCAACGAUGACACAGCCAUCUGUGUCUGGGAGUCUGAGAGGAUAAAGCUGCAUUCAGACAGCGGAGCAUGUUGCACCACUAUUCUACAGCAGGGUGCAGAGUUUUUUUUUUUUUUUUUUGGAUGACCCUUAUUAGUCCCACAAAUUAACCCAUCCAUGCAGUGA